AUGGCUGCUGCUAAGCUUUUGUCUUUUAGCGGGCUGUUUGCUGUGUAUAAACCCAAAGGGCCAACUUCAGCAGAUGUGCUGAACCAUCUUAAGGCGAAGCUGUUGGCAGAAGCUGGUUUGCCAAAGCCUAGUAGGAAGACGAGGAACCACAUUCUAAAGAUUGGACAUGGAGGGAUUCUAGAUAGUGCUGCUACUGGAGUACUAGUGGUUGGUAUUGGAAAAGGAACAAAAAUGCUGAGCAGCAUAUUGGCUGGUUCCAAGAAAUAUAUAGCCAUUGGGCAGCUGGGAAAGGCAACUGAUACAUUUGAUUCUUCAGGAAAAGUAACAGAAGAAAAACCUUACCAUCAGGUAACAGAAGAAGAUCUUGAAAAUAUUUUGCAGAAGUUCACAGGGAGCAUCAUGCAAGUUCCUCCACUUUAUUCUGCCCUGAAGAAGGAUGGACAGAGGUUGUCAACACUGGUUAAAAAAGGAGAAGCUGUGGAAGCAAAGCCUGCCAGGCCGGUUAUAGUGUACAGUCUUUCUCUCAGAAACUUCACGCCACCCUUUUUCACGCUUGAUGUUGAAUGUGGCGGUGGCUUUUAUGUCAGAAGCUUGGUCAACGACAUUGGCAGAGAGCUCUCGUCCUGUGCCUCUGUUCAGGAGCUGACCCGAACAAAACAGGGACCGUUUACCUUGGAAGGACAUGCUCUUUAUGAAGACAAAUGGACAAUUGAUGAAAUUGCCCAGUCCCUGGAGCAUUGCAUGCCUCUUCUCUCUGUAGAACCAUCUUGUAAAAAAUUAAUGACGGAGCUGUCUGAAGAACACACCAUGAGCUGUGAAGAUAAGUGAUAAGUCAGGUCAAGGAAAAAGACUGAAUGACUGAGACGUUUUAAGAUUGCUGUGGGAUUGUCUUGUCUCCCCCUGUAAAUUUACAGUCCUGUGGUGGAGGAUGACACAUUGCAAUGCAUUGAAAAUGAUAGCUUUCUAUCUUUUCUGUUCAUGCUGAAACAAACACAAGAAGAUGUCCAGCAUUUUUUAUUUCCUCUUGUAUCUCUGGGUUGCAUUGUAAAUGUAUUUGUCAGGGAAGCAAAACUCCUUG